GCUUACAUGCACAGGUCUUCCGCGAACUUGAGACGUACUCCAAGGACGCCAUGUUGGACAUCGUAUGCAUUCAAGAAGCACGCUGGAAUUACGAUGCAAACUGGACAGGGCCAGAUUUUCAUUUCAUUCAUUCGGCAGGCAAGGCCAAAGAGGACGUCCACGGCGGUGUGCUCAUUAUGAUCUCCACGAAGGUCGCAGCCAGAGCCGAGCUUCAGUUUAAUAUCGUCCACCCCGGCCGCAUGCUACAUGUUCGCAUCAACAAGGCGUGCGCCAUAGAUGUUCUUAAUCUGUAUCAGUAUACGGCCAAUGACAACAAAUUGACUCCGGAGCGCAGGCAGCAUUUCCUGAAGAAGCUCCACUCCACCCUUCGCGGCAUCCCCUCCAGGCACUCGAUCUUCAUGGCAGGAGACAUGAACUCAACCUGCAUGACACAGGAGAACGUGUGUGGCAAGUGGGUUCUACCAUCCCCGGCUAGACAGCAAGACAACGAGGACCUGAUGGCCAUACUCUCCACAUAUGCCUUGACAGCACUGAACACCUGGCACAGGCCUACGCAUGGACAGCUCGCGACUUUCACCUUUGGCGAGUCGGCCUCCCAAAUCGACUACAUCUUCUGCAAGCAAUGUCAUGCUAGGAAUCGUGCUAAACACGCUGAGGUGCUACCACAGUUCCCUGUGGCAUGUUGGCGCGACGGGGCCAAGCAUCAUCCGGUGCUCGCCCAGAUCUCAGUACCAUACAACAAAUGGCAAUCUCCUCCCCACAAGUCUAAAGUGGACGUCGCAGACCUCAUAUCUGACAUGAGGGCUACACAAGAAGUCCCACGACUACGAGCUCUACGACAGGAGGUGCGGCAGGGCAUACAGGCACAACAAUGGACAGACAUGGACACCCUCGAGGAAGGAAUCCUGCACAUAGCCAGCCGGCACUAUCCCCCAGCACGGCGACCAACUACAGUCACAGAGGCCGACUACCAACUUGCAAACAGCGCUAGGCAUAUGUGGGCUCUCUUUCGUGACAUGAGGUCUCUAGCCUUCACCGCCACAGGUGUCUUCCAUGCAUGGCGGCAAUGGGUACGGUUCACGCAGGCUCACAAGGUGCACAAAAGCCGAUCCCGAGCCAGAAGUAAGGCGUGGCGACGUGACCUGCUUCUGCAGGCGCAACAGGCUGCCAACAGCGGCGACAUGCAUAAGGUCUGGAAAGUGGUUAAAGCCCUUGCGCCCAAAACAAAGCGGAAGACACUGCAGCUAUACAGGAAUGGACACAUCAUGGCACCGGAGGCCGAGUUGAACUGGAUCAUCUCUGAGUUUGGAGACAGAUAUGGGGCCCGACAGGCUCCACAAGCAACAGGAAAACACAGGGAACAGCAUCCGGUCCAGAUCUCAGCCAGUGCCCUACAAUUCGAACUUGACCAUCUGCCAGUUCGUAAAGCUGUACCUUCGGAGGCUGCCCCUUCGGCUGUGUGGAAAGCAUGCUCCUUGGAGGUAGCUGACUUCAUCACAAACCAAAUCAAUCAACGAUGGCGACAGGACACACUUGCAGUACCACAACGAUGGGCCGACGCCUCAGUAGCAUUGCUCCCCAAGCCGAAGAAUAAGAAUGAUGCACCUUUGGAUUGGAGGCCAAUCGGCCUCCAGCACCCUAUCGGAAAGAGCAUCAUGCGACUGGUUAUUAUCGCUCAGGCAAAGGACCAAAUCCAUAGAUUGGUCCAAGAGUGGCCUCAAUGUGCGUAUGUUCCACACAGGAGCACAACUACGGCCCUCAAGAGGGUCUAUCGACACUGCUCCUCUGUCCGGGCCGCCAGCUCUCAGCACCGUCUAACAAUCCAUCAAAAGAAAGAGCAGCUGGAGGAAAUACCGAACUCCGGGGGACUGCAAGUCUCCAUGGACUUGUCCGCGGCGUUUGACUUGGUACCUUGGGGUGCCAUCAAGGAGGCGAUGGAGUUGGCACAGGUCGAGCCAUCCAUUCAAGAGCUUCUGCUGCAAUGGCUCGGGCAGGUUAGAUAUCGGUUCCAGCACCGGGGCCUGGAAAAGGACAUUUGGCCCUCUUGGGGCCUUCGACAAGGCCGCAUCGGAAGCCCAAUCUUGUGGGCCGCAUUCACUGCAUUGCUCAGCCGUGCUAUCGACGCGCGAGUGCAGGCAACCCGUCCGACUCUACAAAUCGGAUGUCUACAAGACAAGUGGUGCGCUGAGCAUGCCACGUUGUAUGCGGAUGACUCGCAUCUGCAAUGGGAGUUUCGCUCAUAUGAACAAUUCGAAAGAUCCAUAGCGAAGCUUAAGCUGGUGUUCGCCGUCUUCAGGCGGAUGGGCAUGAAGGUCAACAACAACAAGACGCAGGCGAUCAUGAGCCUCACUGGUCCAAUGAAGCACAAAAUCCAGGCUAAGUAUGUUCGCAAACAAGGUACUGAUCGACACCUUCUUCUAUCAGCAGGUGACCCCACCACGUGGAUCAUGCUGGUGGACAAAGCGGAGUACUUAGGCAUGGUCAUCUCAUAUGAUGGCUUUGAGUCACAAACAGUGCAGCACAGACUCUCCAAGGCUCAUCAACGAAGGUGGGCCAUGGCUUCUAUACUGCACACCAGACACAUGUCGGUAGCCUACAAGCUCAGCUUAUGGAAGAGUUGUGUGCUCUCCACGAUGAUGUAUGCCAUGCAUUGUCUUUGUCUCAGAUCCAGCCACAUCCGGGCGCUCCAAAAGGCGAUCAUGAGGCAUGUCAGGGCUAUAGUCUCAGAUCAGGCUUUUCUUACUGGAACUACUCACGAGGAAAUCAUGAUGAAAUACAAGAUUGAGUCAGCCCUGCAGCUUCUGAACAAGGCACACAGUCGGGAGCUUGGACACCAGAACCCAGAGGAUUGGAUGCUGGUACCAGACUGGGAUGAGGCCAUCUCCACCUCGCUGCAUUCAGCGGCAACGGACGACGGGCCGAAUUCUGAUGCUGAGCGUGAGAUUUGGGCCUGUCCAGUAUGUGAUGAACAGUUUGUCAACCCAGCUGCUUUGAAGAUACAUGCCAGAAGAAAACAUCACAUCACUGAGCAAGCUGUUGAUAUCUUUGACAAAAGUCGGCACGCUAUCGGCGGAAUGCCUCAGUGUGCCGGAUGUCGCAAGAAGUUCAGCCGGUGGCAAACCCUCAGGAACCACAUCAACAACAAUUCCUGCCCUGGUACCGCCUCCCCUGCUGCUCAUGCUCCCGCACCCAAGCAACCACAGCAUCAGGAGCCACCGGAGACAAGCCAGGCAAACUCGGACUCAGCUAUUGACCUUGUGAUACAGGCUAAAGGGACACACCAACAACAGGUACAUGCCCCAACGGACAGUCAGAAUGCUUCCGUCGCAAUUGAGUUGACAAAGAUGGACAUGCAUGACAGUGUCAAGUCGGAUGGGUGCCAUGAUCUCAGUGCUCCUGAUCCUGCCCAUUCAACCAUUCCUUUGAUACAGCAAUCUCCGGUUCAGCGCUUGGUUGAGAAGGGUCUGAAUGCUUUCAUUGGGCAAAAGCAACUUACCGACUGUAUGUUGCAGAACUGUGUUAUCUGUGGACAGUGGAUUGCUUCACAGAAGGUUAUGAAACGACACUAUCAGCAUUCGCACUCCACUUUGUACUCACAGCUGCAGAAGACCACACAGCAACUUAUCAGCCAGCGAGCCACACCUUGCAGCAAGUGCCAUUCUGCAGCAGAAAUCACAAGGCCAAUGUACCAAGUGGACGAGGAGAUGGAUGCAUUCUUCGGGUCAGUUCACGAACGGGGGGACCUUCCUCCUCUGGGCACAGAGCCCCGAACAAGCGACCUCGCCAUCCCAACGAAGAUCAACGACAACCUCCUCGCUACACUCCAUUCCACCAGCAACGGUCAGGAUUCGAUCAUGCACCACCUCUAUCAGGCUGCAAUGGCUUUCAAGGCCAAGCAAGAAGCGGAGCCUCAAUGGCAGAUGGGGCAGAUGCCGCUUCGCAUGGUGCUGGCCAUAGCUCUUUUCAGAGAACUCACCGAUCGUCUCAACAGCACACUUGCGAGCCAGGAGAAGCUGAAGAGGGUGACAGACCAGGGCUGGAGGGACGACAAGGGCUGGAGGUUUCAGGUAUGGAACAGAACCUUGAAACACUUGGAGGUCGACAAGGCCCGAGCACCGAUCCCAGACGACCAGAUCUUGGACCACCUCGCCACGAUCCUUCAGUGUCUUCGUCACCCCAUUGUGACCAGGUUCUGUUGCACCAGGAAGGUGACCGAGACGAUGAGCUCUGCAGCCACGUACAAGAUGGAUCUUUCAUUGAGAAGCCACAGUGCAGUAACCAUGUGGGAUACCAUCAAGAUGCUUCAGGGCAAUGUGGUGUUUCAGCUGGUGGGAAUGGCCUACAAGACCGACAGUCUCGCCAGAAGCCCAGCAGAGCAGCGGAUCCUGGACAUGCUGUAUGGCCGCCGGGGCUGA